UUUAGUAUAAGAUUCACAACCGGACGAUAAUUCCUCGCUCAGUUGUUGUUCGCUUCUCCGGCGUAUCGGUUCGAAGAGGGCAAAGUGUUUUCGACAAAGAUGGCAGCGAAAGUGCUAAUCGCGUUUGCUACCAUCCUGACCUUCGUCGGGCUCGCAGUGGGUCAACAGGAGCUGUCAGAGUUACCGGAAGUGAAGGGAUACAAGCUGCACUGCAUCGAGUCUAGCGGAAUCACCGAGAGCUCGGCGAAGAAGCUGGCUGCUGGCGAUCCUAUCAAAGACCCGGAUCAAGCAACGAAGUGCUUCGUCCAGUGCUUCUUCCAAAAGCUGCGUCUGGUGGACGAGAAAGGCGUCGUGCUGAAGGACAAGCUGGAGACGUUCCUGACCAAGCUGAUGGAUGCGGACAAGGCGAAGGAUUACGUGAAGCAGUGUGACAUACGGCGGACGAACCCGUGCGAUACGGCGUACGCCGUGUACGAUUGCUAUUUGGGCAAGAAGGCCAAGUUGUUUUGAAAGCGUGAAAUAAAGCAUCGUGUUUUUGUUGGUCAGCAGUGCCCCAACGAAACCUGUUUGCCUGUUUGCGGUUUGCCAAAGAG